UAAUAAAAAAAUAAAACAAACAGAAAUUGUCUAUUAAACAGAAGGCUAAAUAAAAUGUUGCCGCCAGACAGUUACUGUCAAAUGCAAUUAACAACAACAAGAAAAAUAACAAAAACAAUAUGCAUAUUGUACUUUUCUUAAUGCCGCAUCCUAGUACAACAACAAGAAAUAGUAUAAGUAAACGAAAUCAUAUCAAUGACGAUGAUGAUUAUAAUGAGAAUGUAGCUGUGGCACUGGGAGCACCACUUAUCAUACCUCUUGAGGAGGAAGUACAAUUAGAAGAAAAUAGUGAAUAUACGUUAAAUUGUGAAGAUACUGAGCCCAUCGUUUGGAAAUGGCCGGUGAAUGUUAUAGGACCUGAGGAGAAACCCUAUAUACCACAAGAUCAAAAGAGACGUUAUGGCAGUAGUUUGAUAUUAAAAGAUGUCAACUAUAUGAAUGUCGGCACUUAUUAUUGUGUCAAGUCAAGUGCCUUAACCAAGAAUUUAGAUACAAUGGAUGACUCGGAACUAACCGAUUUGGCGAAUAGUAAUUUAGCUUCACAUAUAUAUGUUUAUGUGAAUGAUCAAGAAAAUUUACUGGCUCCCAUGGCCUAUCCCAUAACAUAUGUCAUACAAUUCCAGGAUGCCGUUAUACCCUGUAAGCCCUCUAUGCCAAAUUAUGAUGUCAUUUUAACUACACCCAGUGGUUCGGUAAGCUUUAAAGUUUUUCAACUCGUGCGUUUAUAUACUUUAAAAUUUCAGACUCGCUUCAUUGAGAAAAGUCUACCAAACGUCAAGGUAACCGAAACCCAUGUCUAUGGCCGUAAUAUUUUAACAGUAAAAAAUGCUAAAAUUUCCGAUUCUGGUCGUUACACCUGUAACGUUUCCGAUCAUUCUUCGAAUAAAGCGAAAAGUUCAUACAAUAUGUUGAUCGUACGCAAAGGUGAAAGUUAUAUUAAAAUGCGUGAAUCCAAUGAUUACUAUACGAUCAAUGAAAAGGCAAAUAAGACGGUACAAAUGUCAGUGCGUUACAGUGGUUAUCCAUGGCCCAAAUUGAAGUGGUACAAUCCAAAUCGUACUGAAAUUUUCAAUAAUCAUAAAUUUGAAAUAACCACCGAUGAUGUGUCCUCAACUUUAAAAAUCUACAAUACACGUUUAUGGGAUACGGGCACCUAUACGGUGGAGGCUACGAAUACAGACACAACUAUAACGCGAGAAUUUAAUGUGACUAUAGAAGAUGUACCCAUUAUAAUGAUGGAAGAUGUUUAUGUUCAUGCCGAUGAAAAGGCGCAUGUUCAGUGUCGCGUGCAAUCGCAUGAGAAAGUCUUAGUAUCAUGGGUAUUCGAACCAUGUAGCAUUGAGCCCAGAUGGCCAUCAUGUACAAAAGACAUUAUACAGGACUUUAAUGAAACCUUUUCGACCAACGGAGCCACUGCUAUAGAGUUUAUUUACGAUUUAUAUUUUGAACCAAAAUCUCCCGGUAUCAUACGUUGUUCGGCUCGGAACAAAAUUGGUAGAGCUUUGGCUAAAAGUCAUGUUUUAAUACGUGACAUUAAUGAUAAUAUGACUAUUUAUGGUGUACAGGAUCAUGAUAUUAUAGCUUUGGGUGAUAAGGUUACCAUAACAUGUGCCGCAGUGGCCUAUUACUUUUCGGGUGAUAUCAAUUGGUACGAUGACAAGGGCAAUUUAAUCGAGGAAUCUGAGAAUAUUAUCAUCAAUAAAUCCGCAACUCCAUAUUCGUAUCAGAAAUCUUUAACAUUUAAAAGCAUAAAGGAUUCGAAUCAGGGUCAAUAUGAGUGUAAGGCAAGAGCUAUAAAUCAUGAAACUACAGAAUCUAGAUUAUUCAAUAUUAUAACUCAUGAACCCUCUUCCCCGCGCAUGGUGAACACUAAUCUGGGUGAUAGCAAUAAAAUUGAAAGAAAACUAGGAGAAUCGGUAGAAUUAAGAUGUGAAUCGGAAGCUAUACCCAAAGCCUCGGUUGUUUGGUAUAAAAAUGAUGAACUAGUUGAAAAUAAUGAUACCGAUAAUGAGGCUGUUCUCUUGAUACCCUAUCUCCGACCAGAGGAUCAAGGUCACUACAAAUGUGUUGUAGCUAAUAGAUUAGGUUCCAUAGAGGAAACGGUUAAUAUAAAAAUAACCAAUAUACCUGGACUUACUUUAGGCUGGAUAGCCGGUAUUUUAGCUUUACUUUUGAUUUUAAUCGGUUUAGUUAUAUAUCUCUAUAUACGCGUGAAACGUGAACGUAAGCUUUUGCGUGAACUUAAAGCAGCUGGUUUGGCUAACUUUGAGGAAGGUGCUGUCGAACACAUUAAUCCCGCCUUAACUCUUGACGAACAGGCUGAUUUGUUGCCCUAUGAUCGUGGUUUUGAAUUUCCACGUGAGAAACUUAAGUUGGGCAAACAAUUGGGUGCUGGUGCUUUUGGUGUUGUGCUUAAAGCUCAUGCCGAGGGCAUUAAGCCGGAAGAGAAAGAAAGUGUAGUGGCUGUGAAGAUGGUUAAACGUCAGGCGAAUAAUGAAGUGAUGCGAGCUUUGGUUUCGGAGUUAAAGAUAAUGGUACAUUUGGGUCAACAUUUGAAUGUGGUCAAUUUGUUGGGAGCGGUUACGAAGAAUAUAGCAAAACGCGAAUUGAUGGUUAUUGUCGAGUAUUGUCGCUAUGGCAAUGUCCAGAAUUUCUUAAUGCGUAAUCGUAAACGUUUCAUUAAUCAAAUCAAUCCACAGACGGGUAAAAUUGAUCCCUCCAUAAUGACUCAACGGUUUUCCGAUAAUUUUGAAUUAAAUCGUGAUGGUCUUAAAUAUGUUAAUCUAUCAUUCUCCAAACAUCAAUAUAUCAAUCAUAUGAAUAAUAUCAACAAUAUGAACAACUAUUAUUCCAUGAACAAUAGAAGCAAUUCGGAUAAUGAUCCCAGAUCGGGUACACGAGCUGGUCGCCCCAAUUCAACGGGUUAUAUAACACAAUCGGAACUGUAUGAGGGUCAAGUGAAUACAUGUGCUACGGAACAAACUGUUAUGACAACAGUGCCAGAAGAUGAUGACAACAAUAUCAUGUCCAAUAACUCUGUGCAACCAGCUUGGCGUUCAAAUUAUAAACCAGACUCUACCGAAGCCAUGACCGUUACCACUACCGAUCUUAUAAGCUGGGCCUUCCAGGUGGCCUGUGGCAUGGAAUAUUUAUCAUCUAAAAAAGUUUUACAUGGUGAUUUAGCCGCGCGAAAUAUUCUACUAUGUGAAGAUAACAUUGUGAAAAUUUGCGAUUUUGGUUUGGCACGUUCCAUGUACAAGAGUGAUAAUUACAAGAAACAGGGAGAUGCACCAUUGCCCAUUAAAUGGUUGGCUUUGGAAUCAUUAAGUGAUCAUAUCUUUAGCACUUAUACAGAUGUUUGGUCUUAUGGCAUAGUAUUGUGGGAAUUAUUCUCUUUGGCUAAGGUGCCUUAUCCCGAGAUUGAUGCAAAUCAAAGUUUAUAUUUGAAACUAAAGGAUGGUUAUCGUAUGGAGAAACCACCUUAUGCUAAUGAUGAUUUAUAUGAUAUUAUGUUGGAAUGUUGGAGUACAAAUCCGGAAAGAAGACCUUUGUUUAAUGUAUUAAAGGAAAGAUUUGCCUUAAUGUUGGGCGAAGAAGUGACAAAUCACUAUGUGGACUUAAAUGAACCCUAUUUAAGAGUCAAUACCGAGUAUAUGAAACAUAAACCCACAGAUUAUUUAUCAUUAAUGGGUUCACCCGAUGAAAUGGCACCACCACCGCCCAGAUAUGUUAAUGGUCAUAUACUACCCGAAAUACGCAUAGAUUUGUCUACCGAUGAUUAUCUAACAAUGAGUCCCAAUGGUGACGCUGUCAUAUUCUCACCAACUCGUCCUAAAGACUCACCUAAAACUUUGGAAGAUAAUGUUGAUGAUCAACCACCCAAUAUUUCAGCCACUUCUUUUAAUUUCCCAGAUACAGCAGUCCCACAACAUUCCCCCACUAUAGUCAAUAAUCUGGAUAGUCCGGUCAAUAAACCGCCACGCAACAAAAAGGAAGGCAUUGAACCUUUACCCGAGGAAAUACCCAUGCUGCAUAAUGCCCAACACAAUGAGGAAAGCCCCGAACAACCUAGAAAAUAUACUCAAAUGUUGCAGCAGACAAGAAAUGUACCCACACCCUCACCGCGUCAUCAUGUGGCGGAGACCAAGCUGCAGGGUGAGGGAGGAGAGAAUUAUGUGAAUAUUAAAUCACCGAAAAAGUUUAUCAACAAUAAUGGCUCGAAAGCGCCCGAUGCAUUCUCAAAUCCAAGUUAUCAGAUACUCAAGACUGGUAGUAGUGGAGAAACGAAAUAAUACGAGUACGCAAAAAGAACAAAAGAGAGGGAAGAAAGCUUUUUUCUCACUUUUCUAUUUGUGUGUAAGGUUUUUUUUUAAGUUGUAAUAUACCGAAAUAUUUAUAAAAAAAAAUGUGUUUUUAGAAUUGAAAUUAAUUAGUAAACAUUACCUAGUGAUGUGUAAAUUAAAUGAUAAUAUUUAAUUAAUUAAGCUUUUGUCACUAAAAAGAUAACGCUUUCACAUGUUUUUUUUCAACACUAAGCUUAAGAUGGAAAAAAAGAGUUUAAGGAAUUUGUUUAAACAUUUUUUUUUUUGAAUAAUGCAAAUAGUUUAGGGAAAAAGCUGUCAAUAUGUUGUUUAAAGCAAAACUUUUAAGCUUUUAAUAUUAUUUAUGAAAAAUAUGCUUUAAAACUUUAUGUGGAAAGAUAUCCAAAAAGCUUUUUAUAGAAAAACAAAUUUAAAACGUUUUACCUUUUUAUAAACAAAAAUUUUAAAGCUUUUAAUUUAAUGAGAAGGAAGCUAGAAAGUUUUUUUUUUAACUAAAAGCUUUUAGUUUUUUUUUGACUAAAAAGUUAUACAGCUUUUGAGAAUAUUAUGUGUACGAUUUUAAGCAAAACGCAAAUAGCUUCUAAAAGAGAAUGCGUUUUUAAAGCUUUUUUCAACUUUUUAUAAAAAAGUAGCUUUCAAAGAAGUUUUUAAUGAAAAAUAAGCUUAAGAAGCUUUUUAUGAAAAAAGAAUUAUAAUUGAAGGGUUUCAAAGCAUUUAUGAUUUCACGGCUUUUGUGAAAAUUAAGCUUAAAAGCUUUUUUGUAUUUAAAAAGUUUAUACGAAAAGAAAACUUUAAAAAGUUUUUCUAAUUGAAUUUCUAAAGUAAAAUAUAAUAUAAACCUACAAAGCUUUUUUAUGAAAAUAAAGUAUAAACAGUUUUUAAGGAUUUUAGGGAAAAAAGCUUCCACCAGAGAAUACGUUCAUAAAGCUUUUAUUAAACUUUUUAUGAAAAAGAAGCUUUUAAUGAAGAAAAGCUUUUAAUGAAGCUUUUAAUGAAGAAAAGCUUUUAAUGAAGAAAAGCUUUUAAUGAAGAAAAGCUUUUAAAAAAGCUUUUAAUGCAAAAGAAGCUUAAGAUGCUUUUUAUGAAAAAAAUAGAAUUAAAGGGUUUCAAAGCUUUUAUGAUUAUUAAGCUUUAAAGAUUUCAAAGCUUUUGUGAAAAUUAAGCUUAAAAGCUUUAAAAGAAAAUUAAAAUAUAAAUCUUUUAAAACUUUUUACUAUAAAGAAUCUUUAAAAUUUUAUUUUUGAAACAUUUGAAAAUCUUCAUUGGAACUUUUAAUAAAAAGCUAAUCUCCUAAUGCUUUUCUUCCAUUUUAUUAGACACAAAUUCUUUUCAAACGUUUUUAGUUUCCCGUGAAAAGUUUAUAUUUGACAUAUUGUUUCUAUUAAACUUUUUGACAUUUAUCAGACAAAUAUUUUUCAAAAGCUUUUCCUAAUAAACUUUUUGCUAUUAGAAGUAGACAAUCUAGAAAUCGUCCGAAAAAGUGCUUUAACAAAACUUAAAUUUAUAUUUGACACAAGAUUUUUUAAAAAGCUUUUGAUUUAUUUUUAUUUCUACAAAACUUUUUUAAGUUUUUUUAAAAAAGCUUUUGAUUUUUUUUUCUACAAAACUCUCGUCUUCCUCCUUCACUUUCUCUAACAAAUCUUCUACCAUCUUUAGCUUAAGUAUCACUCAUAUUAAAGCUGUUUUAACAAAAAAAAAGUAAAAGCUUUUUUUUUUUGUUUUUUCUGUUGCAUUUAAGUUUGUAUUUUUAAAAUGUUAUUUAUUUAAAAAAAAUGUCUUUAAAAUAAUACUAAACGUUAUCAUAUUUGUUAGAGUUUAACUAAAAGUUUUAACUUUAAAUCAGUUAUUCAUAAAUAUAUUUUUGUUUUUGUCAAAUCACCAUAAAA